UUCUCAGAUCCCAAGCCAAUAUGGAUCGAAUGCAGAAAAUUACUCCCAAUCCCAAGAACUACGUUGUGCUCCAUCGUAUCAUCGUCUCAUCGCUCUUCUUGCUGCUGUCAUGUACCGCGGCGAGCGGCCAGCAAGCCCCGUACAAGCCACUCAUCUCCCGGCUCGCCAAGGACCUCAACACCUCCCUCUACACCAUCAUCAUCAAGGCCGACAAGUCGCCGCUCCUCCUCGACCUCGCCGGCUCGCUCGUCUGGUCAACUUGCCCGCCGUCGGCGCAGAGCACUGUGGCAUGCGGGUCCGGUAAGUGCGGCAGCGCGGCCAGCCAGGAGUGCCCACACCGCUGCCUGCACGUGGACGGCGGCCAGAUAGGAGAGUCAGGGUCGCAAUGCGCCUGCGCCGGCAACCCGGUCACCCGCCAGUGCUCCACCGCCGACCUCACGAGCUUCGCGAUGUCGGCCAACGCCACGGACGGCGCGAUGGAGCUUCCUCCUGAAGAGUCGUUCGCCAUCCUCGGCGCGUGCGCGCCGAACAGCCUGCAGAGAUCGCUCCCCGCGGGCGUCACCGGCGUGGCGGGGUUCUCCCGGCGGCCGCUCUCGCUGCCGUCGCAGCUCGCCGCUCAGCGCGGCUUCGGAGGUAAGUUCGCCCUGUGCCUCCCCGUGUUCGCCAUCUUCGGGGACUCGCCUGUGAACCUGACGGCGCCCGGGCAAGCGCCAGGCUACGUCGACUACACGACCAUCAUACCAUACACCCCACUCCUCACCAACCCGGCGAACGCCGCCGGAUACUACAUCCCCGUCAAGAGCAUCUCCGUGUCGUGGCACGAGGCCGACGCCCAGGCGAUCCUCCCCAGCGGCGCGCUCGAGCUCGACCCCGGCGCCGGCACCGGCGGCGUCGUGCUGAGCACCGCCACGCCCUACAUGAUGAUGCGCCCCGACGUGUACGAGCCGUUCGCCAAGGCCUUCGACGACGCCUUCACAAGGGGGAGGAAUGUUCCGGCGACCUCCGUGGAGCGGGUGCCGGCGCCGAAGCCGUUCGAGAUCUGCUACAACGCCGGGUUUAUGAGGCUGAAGCGGCCGUCGGCCUACGACGUGCCUCGCAUCCAGCUAGAGCUGGGCGCCGGCGCCACGUGGAAGAACUGGACGCUGUACGGCGACAACUACCUGGUGAAGGUGGACGGGGCUUUGUGCCUGGGGAUCCUGCGGAUGGGGCCCGGCGGCAUGCCGGUGGACGGCGAGCCGGCGGUGGUGAUCGGCGCGAAGCAGCUGGAGAACAACCUGCUGGUGUUCGACCUGGAGAAGCAGGUGCUCGGGUUCAGCAUGCUGCUGGACUUCGCCUUGUCCAGUUGUACAAGCUCCAACUUCUUGAGGAACUAGACUUCACAGCUUUGACUUGAGCAGCCGGCUCCACGUAUCCAAGGCGUUGUACUGCGACGCAGUGCGCAGUAGAAUCAGUCCCUGUGGGCGUCUCAAUAAAAAGUUAAAAACCGACUGGUAUCGAUUUUGCUUGGUGCCCAGUCGCAGUUCCGGCACUCGGAAGACACGAUCUUUUAAGAUGUUUAGUGUGAAUUUUCGCAGAGAAUGUACUGCCUUAUGCAACGUUUAAGGAUUAUAUGCCAGAAAGUAAGGAUUCCACA